GUGCGCACCUGGGCCGCCCAGUCUGAACGCUGCAUUAUACUACAAAUCACUUUCACCUCUCGCGAUAUUGGACCAAGAGCUUUGGCACAGUUAGUGCACGCCACUUGUCGCCACCGCCCGGCAUAUUAGCGGAGAACACAUCAAACGAACGAUAUCCAUCCGAGCUGUGUGGUAUAUGCAUUUUUUUUUACACGGCGCCAACGCAAAAAUGUACCUGUAUUGCUCGACAUAACACAUGAAAGAAUUGUGAACGAAAAGUGAAAGAAAAUUUAAAAAAAAAUGAUGACUGAAGGACCAAUAUUGUCCGUUCUACUAAUCGUGUUCCUCGCUAUCAACUCGGCGUAUUCCGAAGGAAUACAAAAAUGCGAGAAUACGCCUAUGAAACAAAUCAUUUGCGAGUUUGGAACCGCCAAAGAUAUACCUAACUUCGAUACUUGUCUGUGUACACAUAUCGCAGUUCCGGUUAGCUUAGAAUCGGAAAAAGACGACGAUACUUCGGAUUUUACGUCGACGAUCAAAACAUACAAACAAACCAAUGGCGAUCUCAAGUCGUUGGCUGCGAUUUCCAUGUACGCGGAAGACGUUGCAAAGAAGACAAACCAGAUUUGCAAUGAAAUCGUCGACGUGUUGACUCACUACGAUGGUGUACAAUUGGAUCUAAGGCAAUCUGAUGUGUCCGUAGAUAAAUCACUCGUUGUGCAUUUCUUCAAGGAAUUAUCGUCUGAAAUUGAAAAUAAAUUCAAAAUAGAGUCAACAAAUAAUUCUUCAAAAACAUUUAAAAACCCAAAAGAAAUCCAACUGGUGCUUCCUCCAAAUGCUGCUAUAAUGACAAAAUUUUAUGAUCUCAAAAAACUUUCCAAGUAUGUAAAUUAUUUUAUAAUUGCAACACAUAAUCUAGUAGAUAAUUCUGAACAAGGUUAUUCAUACCACCCCAGUCGUCUUAUGGGAGCCGAUGAUUUACUCAAUGCUGAUUCUUUAAUUGAUCUUGUAAUUGGACUUGGCGUUGACCAUUCAUCUAUACUUUUAUCAUUGCCUUCUACUGCGAGUAAGUUUGAGCUCAAGGAUCCUACUCAGAACACUCCUCGAUCACCAGUAAUCGGAUUACCAACAACAAUUACGCGCCCAAAAAUGUGCGAAGAAAUGAAAGAAGGUAAUUGGACCAUCGAAAGAGAUGAAGAUUUAACAGCACCAUAUGCAUUCAUGAAUAGAACAUGGAUGUCAUUCGAUGAUAGCGUCAGCGUUUCAAUUAAGGGAAAAUACAUAUUACUACGAGAUUUAGCUGGAGCAGUUAUUACUGAUGUCGAAGCGCUGGAUUGGAAAUUAACAUGCUUAAACCAAACUGCAGUAGAACCUUUAAAAGAACUUACAAAAACGUUUACUGAAACUGCGAGAAAAUCUAGGUCAGCUCAAUUAUUAAGUUUACAAGAACAAUUACAACGGCCGGCUGAUCAAGGAUUCUAUUUUAACAAUGAAAUCAGUUAUUCACCAUAUUAUAUCGAGAGGGUGGUUACUAGAGACGGAGAAGUUCAUGCAAUUCGAAAAGAUACAAAAACCGAAUUUGAAUGUUCACGACAAGGGUACUUCAGACAUCCAAGUGGUUGUAAUCGAUUUUAUCGCUGUGUAAAAUUCGAUCAAAAAUCCAACUAUUUUACGGUUUACGAAUAUGAUUGUCCAGAUGGUUUAGCAUUUGAUGAAAAAGUUGAGGUAUGCGUAUGGCCUGGAUCUUUAUCUAAUACAGGAGCUUGUCAAGGUUCAAGUGAAAUAGCUCCUGUUCCUAGGAAUCAAUUUGUCUGUCCACCAAUAGAAGGUUACUACGCUGAUCCUGAAAACUGUCGCUGGUUUUUCGCUUGUCUUGAUCAUGCUAAAGAUGGUUAUACUCCACUUACAGCAUACGAAUUUAGAUGUCCAUUUGGAUUGGUGUUUGAUGAAAAAACGUUAAAAUGUGACUGGCAAUGGAAAGUAGGAUCUUGUGGAACCUCGGGAAAAUCAUAUAACUACGGAGAACAAUCUUAUCAAGCAAACCAAUACAACACAUUCUACGGAAAAGAGUCAUCUAUUCCUUACUACGGAAAAUAUAAUCAAGAUCAAUCUCAAUUUUCAUUUGAAACUAGUGAUACUUAUAUUGCUCCGAGUAAAUUCGAUUUCCCAUAUUCUACAACUAGCAAACCUAAUUUAUUGUAUGGAUCUACAGAAAAUUAUGUUACGCCAAAUGCACCUAGGUUCUUAUAUAGUUCGGCACAAUCUUACGCACCACCAAAUAGUCCUCAAAUUGCAUACGGCUCACCAGAAACGUAUGUUAACUAUAAUAAACCUCAAUCUCUAUAUGGAUUAACUGGAACUUAUGCUUCUACAAAAAGUCCAGGAUUCUCAUAUGGAUCUACGGAAUCAUAUGCCACUACAAAUAAACCACAAAUAUUUUACGGUUCAAAUGAAGGAUAUUCCAGCACAACCAAACCGAGUUACUUGUAUGAAUCUUCAGAAUCUUAUUCUACUACCAGCAAACCUCAAUUAUUUUACGGAUCUUCAGAAUCGUAUUCUACAACAAGCCGACCUCAAUUCUCGUUUGGCCCUUCAGAAUCAUAUUCUACAACAAGCCGACCUCAAUUUUCAUUUUUCCCUUCAGAAUCAUAUUCUACCACAAGCAAACCUCAAUUCUCUUAUGGAUCUUCUGAGUCUUAUUCUACUACAAUUAAACCACAAUUCCCAUACAUUAAAACAGAUAAUUAUGUAACACCAAAUUAUCAGAGUAAAUUACCUAACUUUGAUUUGAAUAAUUAUAGACAAUUAGGAGUACUUUAUCAUCAACAACGCGAUUCUGUAAUAGAACCACAACAACAUACUGGAAUUCUUCUUCAUCAACAAAAUAAUUUCCAAAGUAUACCAGUUAAUAAAAACUACGAUUCUCAUAAAAACGAUGUUCAAUAUCCACCAAUAAAAGAUUUUGAAACUUAUUCUACAACACAAGGACCUUUAAAUAAAAUACCCAGUGCCAGACUCUAUUCAGACAGUUAUUCUUCUUCUAACGUUUACUCGCACCCAUCAUUACCUUAUGAAAAUAAUGCAUACAAAAAUUCUUAUUCUAUUUUGGGAGGAGCCAAUGGAUAUGAUUCCCACAAAGUUAACGAACAAUAUCAGCCUUCAUAUAACUUUGAAACAUAUUCGACGACUUUAAAACCCAUUGCUAAAUUGCCUGAGGUACCAAAUUACUCAGAAUCAAAUAUAUAUUCAAAGCCUACUUCUAAACCAUUUGAAGAAUAUUUACAAGAUAUUUCUCAUUCAAAAUUAAGUGAAGAAUCAAAAUUGCAAUACUCUACCACUAGUUCGCCUUAUUUAUCUUCGUCUCCAAGCAUUGACUUUAACGACUACCAUAUUUCCUCGACUACACAAAAACCAACAUUACAUGACACCAGCUUGUAUAAAGAUAAGUUCAAGACUCAAUUUAAUUUUGAAGAUUAUAUACCAAGACUUUCCAGUCAUCAAUAUCCAUCUACUACUUCAGUUAAUGAUUAUACACCGUCUGUUCGUGGAAAUAGCUAUGAUAAUAGCUUUGCACAAAUUUUAUCUACAUAUUCAUCCACCACUCCAAAACCAUCUGUACUUUACUAUAGCUCACCGUCGCCAACAUUAUCAAAAGUAAAGGACUACUCUGAGAGUUAUGGUUCUUCAUUAUCAUAUCCCGUAACUACAGAAAAAUCAGUAGAUUAUAAUUUACCUAUUUCUUCAACUUACGCUCCAUUAGCGUACAGUCCUUCAGUUACUCCAAGUGCAUACACACCAACAUUCAAACCAACGGUUGAUUAUUACACACCAUCAUCUACAGUUGCUAAUGAUGAUUCUGUCUUCGUCGAAGAACUCAUUUCUAAAUUGUCCAAAAGUCCAAUUUCAAAUACAUAUUCAACUAGUACUCCUAAACCAAUAUAUGGAAAUUAUCCUCCACAACAAGCUGGAGAGUAUAUACCAAAUGACUCUUUCAAUAUUGAUGAAUACAUAUCAAAAUUAUCAGAAUCUAUUGAGAAUUCUACACCAAAACCAUUAUACUCGAGCACUUCUCAAAAACCGUAUGUUGUAUCAUACGUUUCGAAUGACUAUUCAUCUCAACCACUACCCACUUCAGUUUACUUAUCUUCAACUGAAGAACCUAAGACAUUUGAUCAUGAAUCAUAUUCAGCUCUUCCUGUGCAAUCAACAACGUGUAAACCCGAAGCUUCAAUAAAAAUAUCAUCCCCUAAGAUACCAUACAUUCCAUCAUUAGAAUCUGUCUUUAGUGUAAGGCCUCCUGUUGCAUACACACAAAGACCAGAACCAUUAGUUGGCUAUUCUAGCACAGCUUCUGACUUGAUAAAUUAUUAUCAUAAUAUUCAUUCAUCUUUAGAUUCUGCUUAUCGCUCACCAUUGCCUAGAUAUUAUGCUACUCCAGUGGGAAAUUCACUUUACACUAAUAAUUAUACAUUGCCCAGAGAAUAUGAAAAAGACGGUGGACAUCAUUUACAUGCAGCUUAUCCAGCGUACCCUCUAAAACCAAUAAUUGUAGAACCAGUUAGUCCAGAACUGAACGCAGAGUUUGAACGUUACUAUACAGCUGGAAUAAGACAGAACUUGAAGAGCGAAGAUAACGGAAAAGUGCUUGUAACCGGUGAUAAUAGUCCUUUAAUUGUAGGUAAAUUGGGAGCUCAAUGUGACUGUGCUAAAAAGAAGAAGCCAACAAUUGUAUCGACUACAACCAGGACAGUAAUCGAAACCGACGAAGACGAUGACGAUGAAAAAACGUCGAUCGUAAAGGAAGUAGAAACAAAGACCAAAGUAGUAUUGGAAGAAGUAAAAAAACCAUCAAAUAAGAAGUUAUGUACCCGAGCAGGAUUAUUUAGAGAUCCGAAACAAUGUAAUAAAUUCUAUUCGUGUAAUUGGGACAAGUGGACACAAAAGUAUGAACUUAGUGAGUUUAAAUGUCCAAUUCACCUUGCUUUUGAUGAAAAUUUAAGCGCUUGUAACUGGCCGUCUAAAGGACCGGCAUGCUCACACGAUACGCUCAUUAAUUACUCGAAUUAAUCUUAAAUUAAAUCAAGAAAAUUCUAAAAUGCACAUAACUUUUCAUAUGAAACACGUUUCAGUGUUUUCUAAAAGCAAUAUUAACUUGUAAACAAUGUACACAUAUAAAUAUAUAUAUACCUAAUUUAAGUUAUGAUAAUUGUAUUCAGUGUAUACUGUAUAGGUAUUCUCAUACACGUUAUAAGAAGCACGAUAAAUUAUGUAUUUAAAUAAGUUUGAUACCUAGGAAUAAAUAUAUAAUACUAAUAUAAAGAUUUGAUACAUAGUUUGGUUUAUCCCCGAAUUAUGACGCGAGUAUAAAGUGUACCUUUUGUAGUUUUCAAUUACAAAAUAAUAUUUACUUAUUCAAAUUCAGUAAAUGUUAAAAUGUGUAUUAUAUGUAUUUAAAUAAGUACUUAUCUACCUAUGUAAUAUAGAUUAAAUACCUACCUACCUAUUAUUUAUUAUAAUACUUAACUUUACAUAAAUCCGUCUUUAUUAUUUAGUAUCUAGUUGAUGAAAUACAGUUUUUGGUAGGUUAUUAAAUAUAUAUAUUAUAUAGGUAUUUUACAAUAUUUUAAAACUUUCUUAGCAGCUAAAAUCAUUUCAAUAUAACGUUAAAACAUACUGCUAUAAACAAUCUUUGUAAUAUUUUUUUAAAUUUUAUAAGUAUGGAAGUAAUUCAAAAUAUUUAUAAAUACAAAGUAUAAAAUAUAUUAAUAUAAAAUACUUUAUUUCACAUUAAUAUAUUAUUACUUUAUGAUUUAUAAUAUAAAUUAUUUGUAAAUAAUAAACAUUUUUAUCAGCAAUAAUUAUUGUUUUUUAUAUAGGUUUAAGUAUGGAUAAUAUGAUUUUUAUACAAGUAGAUAAAAAAAAAGUAUUAAUAUUUUCUUUACCAAUAUUUUCUGACUAAUUUCUCAUAAUGGUGUCAUCGCUCAAUGAUUGUCUGAACACUCAAAGUCUGAACUACUACCUAAUGUGUUUAUGUAAAAAAAAAUGUAUUGGUUUAUAAUCAACAGAAACCUACAAAAACAUAUCCAUGGUUUAAUUUUUUUUCAUGAAGUGGAGAAAAUAUUAAUUUAUAUUUGUUUAUUAUAAAUUGUGGUGAUUCAUAAUAUAAAUCUAAACCACUUAACCAAUUGUCUAGGUACAUUUUAUAUAAGUAUCUAUUAUUUAAACUAUACUUAAAUUGUAAUUAUUAAAAUGAAUACUAUUUAUACCAA